AAGUUGCCACCAAUCAGAUAACAUAAUAAUAGCAUCCAGGUAAUAUAGAAAGACAUAGCAAGAAGCCUUUUUUGAACUCAAAUAAGGGCCGAACAAUGCUGACUGUCUGAACUCCCCAGGACAACACGUUUCAGAAAUCCAGUCACCAGUCUUUCCCACCGACUCUUGGCGCUUUUGUCUGAGACGCUGAAGCAUCAGGUUUGUCAAGUCACGUGGAAACCGGCGAUUGGGAGAUGUGUGAAAGAGCGUGACGGACGGCCAUGGGACUUGAGAGACGGUGGCUUCAGGCUGUCACCACUGCUGUAGCCAUCUGUCUGCUAAGUGUGUCUCAAAGUCUGGCAUCACUGGUUCGUGCUAGAGAGGGAGGUUCUGCAGAGCUGGGUUGUAGUCUCACUCCUCCAUCCAAAGAAGCCACCACCCCAAACCUCUUUCCAUUACAUGUUGUGGAAUGGGUGCGUCUUGGUUACAACGUCCCUAUCCUGAUCAAAUUUGGAGUAUACGCUCCUCGUGUUCAUCCCAACUAUAAGGGGCGUGUUUCUCUGACCCGUGGAGCCUCUCUGCUGGUAGAACAGCUGACCCUGGAGGAUGAGGGCUGGUUUGAAUGUCGCAUCCUUCUGCUGGACAGCAAAACCGACAACUUCCAAAAUGGCACAUGGACCUUCCUCUCCAUCACAGCUCCACCUGUGUUUAUAAAAACACCACCAACUUUUGUGGAGGUUCUGCUCGGAGACUCACUGACUCUGAGCUGUGGCGCCCAUGGCAACCCCCGACCAACUGUUGUCUGGCAUAAAGAUGAGAGUCCAAUUAUGAAACAUGAAAAAAUAAAAGUGCUCAAUGGAACCUUGUCUUUGGCUUCCGUCACAAGAAAUAUUUCAGGAGUGUAUAAAUGUCACGUGUCUAACUCUGAGGGGAACCUGACCCACUCCACACAGCUGCAGGUCCAAGGUCCACCAAUCAUCAUCAUUUCCCCAGAGGACACUACUCUCAACAUGUCCCAAGAUGCAGUUCUGCAAUGUCAGGCCGAUGCCUAUCCUUCAAACCUCACCUACGAGUGGAUGAAACAAGGACAGAAUGUUUACCACAUUGAGUCCCUUAAAUCCAGAGUGAAGAUUUUGGUGGAUGGAACACUUCUGAUCCCUAAUCUCAUCCCAGAAGAUGCUGGCAACUACACCUGUAUCCCAACAAACGGGAUACUGACCCCACCCUCAGCUUCUGCACAUCUAAAAGUGAAACAUCCUGCACGUGUGGGACGAAUGCCUCGGGAAACAUUUUUGCCAGCGGGUAUGGAGGGGGUAAUUAUCUGCCCCGUUCAGGCUGAUCCUCCUGUGCUAUAUGUCAACUGGACCAAAGACGGGAAUAAUUUGAAUCUUAACAAUUUCCCAGGUUGGAUGGUGAACUCAGAAGGCUCCGUUUUUAUAGCAACAUCCAAUGAUAAUGCUGUAGGCAUGUACACCUGUACUCCAUAUAACAGUUAUGGCACCAUGGGCCAGUCUGAGCCCACCAAAGUCAUUUUGCAAGACCCACCUUCAUUUCGAGUGCCUCCUCUUCCUGAGUAUCUCCAAGAGGUCGGCCGAGAGUUAAUCAUCCCUUGUGAAGCCAGUGGAGACCCUGCUCCGAACAUCACCUGGAGCAAGAUUGGCCCUACUCCCCGUUCACCGUACAUCGUGUUGUCUAACGGCUCCCUCCUGCUGCAGCCACUGAGCAAAGAUCAUCAUGGGGGCUGGGAGUGCCUGGCUACUAAUCGUGUAGCAACUGUCAGUGCAGGCACUGUGAUCAUGGUGUUGGGCACCAGUCCUCAUGUUGUGUCCUCAGUGACUGUCACCACAGAGAUGAACCAGUCCAAUGUGUCCUGGGUCCCAGGCUUUGAUGGUGGAUUCACCCAGAAGUUCACUGUAUGGGUCAAGCAGACAUCCAGGGGGAAACACGAAUGGGCAUCUUUACCUGUGCCAACAUCCAAAAACUACCUGCUUGUGACUGGAUUACUUGCUGGCACUGGCUAUCAGUUCAGUGUCCUACCUCAGAAUAAACUUGGCUCAGGACCGUUUAGUGAGAUUGUAUCAGUGAGAACAAAAGCUGUGCCAACAGAGGUACCUUCAUCUGUCACCGCACUUCCAACCCUGGAUCCUCCCACAUUUCUGUCAGCCAACCGGACUCGAAGAGGGGUUCUCCUCCAGUGGCUGCCUCCUGAGGCUCCGCUCUCUCCACUGACAGGUUAUGUGCUGCAGGCUCGCCGGGAUCAGGGCCAGUGGGUUAUCAUCAGUAGCAACAUUACUGCCAAUCAAAGUGAACUUUUUGUGCAAGGACUGUUACGGGAUUCCACUUAUGAUCUAAGGCUGAUGUCUCGUAGCAACAAAGUACUCAGUGAACCAAGUGAGACUGUGAGUGUAUCCACAGCAGGACUGGAGAUUUACCCCCUGCAACCAAGCUUCUUAGAGGUCAUCCCUGAACCACUGCUGGCUGGUGUGUUAGGAGGAGUGUGCUUUCUGUUUCUGGCCAUCAUCCUUUCGUUGGUGACAGCAUGUUACAUGAGUAACAGGAGACAGCGUAGACGCAGAAAGAAAAGACAGGACAUGCCAACUGCUUUCCAGAAAAGCCCGUCUCAAGAAGCUCGCUCACUUUCUCGCAGCCCUGACAGUGUCCUCAAGUUUAAGCUAUGCCCACCUCUCCCCUUCUUUCCCAACAACUCCUCCUCACAGUCUGAUCGGUCCUCCUUUGAUAAAGGCAGCCGUGGUGAAUACCAUGACCAGCGAAAACAACUCUUGUCUAACUCUUCUCCGCCACCUCAUUACACGCUCUUUGAAAGCCACCUGGGCUCUCAGUUGCCCUCACCAACUGCUCUUGAGUCCAUUUCCAGAGGUCCAGAUGGACGCUUCAUUGUCCAGCCUCUACCAGAGGGUUCAAGUCCUUCCAAUAAAAUAAAAUUGAAGACAGAUCCACUGCAGAGCAACGGUGGUGUGAGCGGCUCAGGGAGCAACAGGACAUCAUUGAGGGAUUCACCUAAGUCAAGCAUUUUGAGCUCAGAGAAGGAUGAGAAGAAGGAAUCUCCACUCACUGUAGAUGUACCAGAGUUGAGCAGGCCUCCUCUUUCUCCUGGGAGAGUACGGGCCAUGGCCAGAAACUUCUCCCGUCAUGGCUGCUUUUAUUCUGAUGACGAACAAGGUUCCGAGACUCUUUUGGAAAGAGCCAGCUUUUAUUCAGACAACAGUGAGAAAAAAACCUGUGAUUCUCUGAAAAGGUAUCGCAUGCCGGCACACUCUGAAGACCUGUUUCCAAACUUGGGGAGGAGAACAAAGCUUAUUGAUAGAGACAGAGAAAGGUCACUUAAUACAGGCUACCAGCCCAUGGAGAGUCAGCUGACUGAUGACAGCACCCUGGUCUCACAGCUGGAGAGUGAGCUGGAAAGGGAAAGUGUUAACAAGUGUGCCCAACUGGCAAAAGAGAGGGAAGAAAUUGAGAGGGAGUUAAAAAAUUAUGUAGAUGAUCAAAGACUUUUCAGUCGAGGCAGAGAAGAACCUCAGUCUAGUAAAACAGUAAGCCCUCAAAGGGAUGCGGCCAAGUCAGAGGAAGAGCCUGUGUGGAAGCUGCAAGAUGUUAAUAUCAGACAGAAAACCAGGCCCUCAGGUGUAACAAGUCGGGUUUCUGACUACAGGAGGGCAUGCUACUUUGACAGCACCAGCAGUCCCCUGGACCGAAUUCCUGCAUCUCGCAUACAGUGGGAUAUUAGCCCUGUUACAUCUGUUACCAACCUCAUUCCUGUUCAGAGCCCUUGUGAGACCUCAUCGCCCGAGUCACAUUGUCAAACUUGUAGGGAAACAGAAGAUUCUCUUAUUGUGGAUUCUUCCAGAUCUCCAGUGACACAGAACACAUCUCUCGCCAUGCUCUCCCCGGAUGUCACCUCUGAAACUUCUGCUCUCGGUCUAAAAACACCUGACAGAGCCAGGCCGUCUACUCCACAGAAAAAUCCAGAUAUUUGCACGAAGUCCAACAUUGAGCAGAGCUUGAAGGACAAAACACAGGAUGUUGCUUCAAAGUCUAGAGAUUUGUAUGCUUAUGCAGGCCUUCAGCUUUGGGAUUCAGCUGCCAAGAGUUCCUCGGUUGCUAAUGAGAAGCCUGCAAGGUCAGCUUCCCCAUCACAUAAUCAGAGAGGUAGAACUGAAGUAGGUUGCACAACCACAGGGGAUCCCAGUCCAUCUAGUUAUUCUACCCUACCCUAUGAACAUCAUGAAGCAAGAGAAAAGGCCAAAGACAGAGACACUCAAGGCUGCAAUGACCAACACAGUUCAGCUUUGUACUCCGAGUUGGAGAGAGAAGGUGUUCGAGCACGCUCCAGAAGAAGCGAGAGAUGUCUUUUCUCUAAUAGUCCUAGCCCUAUCUCAACUUUAACUUUAGUAGAAGAGGUUGAGAGUGACCAGUCUCAGUUUUCUGUGCCCAGAAUGUCAGAUUCCUUUAAGACUAAACCUGCAGCCCCAUCCCCCAAAAUGUCCCCUUUACAGACAAGUGCAAUUCUUGAAUACCUGAGCCUUCCAGGCUUCAUUGAAAUGAGCGUUGAUGAACCUGUAGAAGAACCUCAAGUCUCAGAUACUACUGGACAAAGCUCAGAACUAAAGCCAGCAAUAUCUGUUGUUGCAAAGCCUGAUGUAGUUCCAAAAAACUGGGAGGUUCAUGUUCAAGAAACCCCAGAAACUAGCUCAAACCGACAACAAACUAAUUCUAUAGGUGGUGCAGAGAGCAACUUUAAUGCUAGUAACAUGCAAGGCAGUCGACGCACCCCACACACAGACACCAGAGUAAGGUUCCCCGAUGACACAAGGUCAUCUUCACCUGCCCUGGAAAAAACAAGCAAACAGCUCUAUGAUGAGAAAACAAGAAUUCGAGCAGGAAAUGAUAGCGCAGAUAGGCCUGAAUCCAGACUUGGAUCAAGGUCAGCUCACACUUUGUUCAGUGCAGCUAAAGGCAUGGCAGAUAUAAUGUCAAAACAUUCUCAGAGUUUUGCAGACAGCACAGAGUUUUUAUCUGAGCAACCCCAAAGACAAUCCUCUCAGGGAAGCAGGACUAAUAAUAUUGUGUCACGGAUAAGUCAAGCCCCUGUGCCAUUUCUAAAGAAAUCCUUAAGCAUAGGUCCCUGCAGGACUCUCUCAGGCAUGGGGCAGCCUCGUCCUUUCCUUAAGAAAUCCAUCAGCUUAGGCUCACAGAGGUGGGAGCACUUUGAGAGUCCAAGAACAUAUAUUUCUGAGAAAUGUUAUUGGGAUGAAUUCCCGAACCCUGAUGUCAGAGUGAAGUCUUACAGUUUAGGCCGAAUGCCGUCUUCCCUCCCCAGGCCAGGUCCCUCCUGGAGGGAGUAUAUUCCAUUCAGGCGUCCCAGCAUGGGGAGCUUGGAGAGGCCUUUUCAUGCACAUAGAUCUUUGGCAGGUCCUUCCUACCUCAGUCCCUCUAUGUACCCACCCAGACAAACCUCAGUCUCUCCGCUGCUGGAGCCCUCCGAUCCACGUCGGCAAGCCGCUGUUUUCCCAGAGUCCUCCAGGUGGUCUCCAUCCUAUCAAGAAACCCUAAGGUCUGCCCAGCAUCAGUAUGUCCCUAUGCCCACUUCCAUCCCUGUCCCCCAGUACCAGCACUGGCCAGGAUCCAGAGUAGAAAGCUUGAGACCUGUAGACUCCAGGAGAGGUCCUCCAAGGUCCUACCUACCCAGAGGCAUCAGUUGGCCCUCCCCUUAUUAUGCUCCAUUUCCACCAAGAGAGGGAGAGAGCUACAGGCAUCCAGACAGGAUGAUGGGGAGGGCCGGGGACACUGAGAUCAGGGAGGGAGGUAGGGCCAGUUAUGCCAGCCAGAGCAGCGGAAGAGGGAGUGCUGGUCUGUUCCGACAGUCCCUGUCUAUCACUCCCACCCUGCUCAGCUCCCCAGAAACCACAGAGGAAAAUGAGCGAUACAGAACUGAGAUGGAGCUGCCUGACAGGAGAGUGAAAAGAAGGAACACAUCAGUAGAUGAGAGUUACGAGUGGGACUCUGCUGAUGUCUGUGUGGACUCGGAGGUCCUGGAGGCUACACAGUUUGGUCAAUCACAAAUAGGUUUUCGGAGAGGCAGGGGGGAAAUCAGAUAUGAUCAGACUUGUGGCCUCCAGGAUCAGCAUCAGAAAGGCCCGUCUCCCCCAGUCAGCCCACCAGUUUUCAACCCUCCUCGCUGCACGUACAACCGCUCCCUAAGUGAAGCGCGCUUCAACGCUCUCCGCCUGGAGUACCAAGAGUACAGACGGGCUCAGGAGUCCGUCUGUUCCCGUGAGCCCUGCCUCACCCCCGGCCACGAUUCAGACUCUGACUCCAGCUCAGCACUGCUGUAGCAGCUGAACCCGGUAUAUCUAUGAGAGAUACCAAAUAGCAUUUAAGCUGAUUGGACGACAGCACUGUGGUCCAGAAACACUGGAAACCUUUAAGUUUUUAUUUUCUGUUACAGCAGUUGUUAUAUGCCAUCAAAUGUGAUACCACAGCUCCUCGUUUGUUUUCAGAUGUAUUCUUGUGUUUGUGCUUUACAUAAAGAAGCAAAGCAGGAAUUAUUUAUCUUUAUUUUCCUAAGAAACCGGUGCCGCUGUAUAUUGGGAGUUUUGUUUUAAACCUCGACAAUCAGGCACGCAGACAUGAAAUACUAAUGCAGACCAAGAGAGAUUCACAGUUAAGAACUGAAAGAGGCCUGCUUUAUAAAAGCAGAAACGUACCACAUUAUAAUGACUGUUUUCAAGUUAAUGCCUUUUGCUUCCAAGACUCCCCUACAUUAAUAAUAAAGGAUUCUACUGAUAAUUAUGUAGGUCUACAUACAAGGUAAUAUGUGUCUACAUCGGUAGUGGUGCUUGUAAUACUAAUCAAAUGGUGCUCAAGGUGUUCUCCAUUUUCUUCAUUAUUUAAAUUUAAGUACUUUGAGGUCGAGUUAUUAGGUAAAGUAAUUAUUCUUUGACACAAGGCUUUCCUUCUUUUUUAUUACACAAACAACAAUUUAGCAGAAAGAAUAUGUUCAUUUAAUGCUGUUGUUUACCUGCUCCAGGUCACCUGGAAUGCUUUCCCGUUUCAUAACCUGCUAUGUCCCAUUAGCUUCUCAGUAUUUGUUUGAAGUGUACAAAUGUUUAUAUGUAGUUUAAUGUGAAUGAAUUCUGUUGUUGUAUAGUAAAUUCAUUUCAUUCAGUGAAAGAAAACUACUUUACUCCACCUGAAUCGGUCAAAACUUAAAAACCCACACUGAAAAAACUUGAUAAGAAACACAGGAAAAAUUACUUUUGCCUUAAUUUUUUUGAUUUUAUGAGUUCACUACAGGAGUAACAGGACAGUGUAAGGGUCAAUCUGACAAGUUAUAAUUAAACAAGUCUUACAGAUAACAUAUGACUGAACUCGUUCUGUUUUACCCAUUGUGAGUAUAUCUAUAUAUUUAUUAAGAUGAAUGACGAUAUGCAACGUUUACAUUUCACAUCACUGAUGUGACGGCAACACUGUGAACAAUGACUUCUAAUUCUGUAUUUGAAUUACAAGUCUGUUAUGAAUUUUGUGCCCUUUAGCCUACUGUACAUGUUUUUCUUCUUUUUUUUCUACUGAUAUAUAACAGAAGCUGGUUUUGUAAGUCACCUGAGAAACAGAUUUUAAGGAUCUCUUUGCAGUUACACUUUGAGACAACAUUUGUAUUCUUGCUUAUUUUCCCAGUUGAAAAACCCAAUGUGGAGUGAGUAGUAUUUCUAACGACAGCUUUGGAUGCUUUGUACAAAGUGGGAAAUUUUAUAUCUUGCCACCUGGUUGUUUUUGUCAUUUUUAUAUGCUUGUAAUUAAUAAAUUGUUAUAUACUGAA